UUACAGCAGGCCUCUGAGGUUUCUCAGAUGAGAGGAGCCAGAGUCAUUUCUGCAGAGGAUCUUCUUUUCUUGAUGCGCAAAGAUAAGAAAAAGCUCAGAAGGCUACUUAAAUAUAUGUUUUUCCGAGACUACAAAUCUAAAAUCGUCAAAGGCAUUGAAGAAGAUGAUCUUCUGGAAGACAAACUCGGCAGUGGCAGCAUCAACAAACGUCAGAAAAUCGCUCAAGACUUCCUUAUCUCUAUUGAUCAGACGGGAGAACUCUUGUCUUUGUUUGACGACGAUGAGGUUGAUGAUGUGAAACAAGAGAGAAUGGAGAGAGCAGAAAGACAAACCCGAAUGAUGGACUCAGCACAAUAUACAGAAUUUUGUGAAAGUCGUCAACUGAGCUUCUCUAAGAAAGCUUCCAAGUUCCGAGACUGGCUGGACUGCAGUAGCAUGGAAAUAAAACCAAAUGCAAUUGCCAUGGAGAUCUUGGCUUAUUUAGCCUAUGAGACUGUCGCACAGCUGGUGGAUCUGGCUCUUUUAGUCAAGCAGGACAUGGCUCCCAAAGCAGGCGAUCCUUUCAGUCACGCAAUAUCUGCUACUUUCAUUCAGUAUCACAACCCUACUGAGAUGCAUGCUUUAGGGCAGACUGGAAGUAUGAAGAGCAGCCCAGAUUCUCCUGAGAACACGCCCCCAGCUACACCCACUCCUCCCACCUCUGUCCCUCAGCACCUUGGGAAGACGCAGUCCGGAACGAUGGGGAACGGCAACGUUGCACAAGACUCGUCCAAAGCCAAACAGCGAAAAAGGAAAAAGAGCGCGGCCGCUUGUGGUGCCGAGGCUCAGAGCGAUGCUAUCCAGCCAGCCCACAUCAGAGAGGCCAUUCGGCGCUACGGCCACAAGAUUGGCCCCCUUUCCCCGUUCACGAGCGCCUACCGCAGAAACGGGAUGACUUUUCUCGCUUGCUAAUGUGGAUGUGGCCAGAGCAACCGGAAAGGCAGAGUUAUAUUAAGGUGAUUUCCCCCCCC